GUGUGUGCAUUGGACCAGGUCCGCUGUCUCUGGACUGUUCUAGAGGUGAGGGGAAUAAAGCUUUACAACCCUCCCAGCGGGUGUUUGCGACAGCAGUAAGCGUGCACACAGCAGCAUGACGGAAUCCGGCAGCGAGAAGAUGGCGGAAGAAGAGCAGAAUUCCAGUGCUGAGAAGCUGAAGGAGAAGGCGAAUAACUACUUUAAAGAGAAGGACUAUGAGAACGCGAUCAAGUAUUACUCCGAAGCGGUGGAGUUGAACCCAACCAAUGCCAUCUACUACAGUAACAGAAGUCUGGCGUACCUGCGGACGGAGUGCUAUGGCUAUGCUCUGGUGGAUGCAACUCGGGCCCUGGAGUUGGAUAAGAACUACAUCAAGGGCUACUACCGACGGGCCACCUCUAACAUGGCCCUCGGCAAGUUCAAAGCUGCGCUCAAAGAUUACGAGACGGUAGUGAGGGUACGGCCCAAUGACAAAGAUGCCAAGAUGAAGUAUCAGGAAUGCAAUAAGAUUGUGAAGCAGAAGGCGUUUGAGCGAGCGAUCGCCAGUGAUGAGCUGAAACGAUCCGUGGUCGACUCCUUAGACAUCGAGAGCAUGACAAUUGAGGAUGAUUAUACUGGACCUAAACUUGAAGAUGGGACAGUCACACAGAAGUUCAUGAAAGAGUUGAUGGAGUGGUUCAAAGACCAGAAGAAACUGCACAGAAAGUGUGCUUACCAGAUGCUGGUGCAAGUAAAAGAGGUUUUAUCCAAACUUCCAAGUCUAGUUGAAAUUACAUUGAAAGAGACAGAGAAAAUAACUAUCUGUGGGGACACACAUGGUCAAUACUAUGAUCUUCUAAAUAUCUUUGAGUUGAAUGGUUUACCAUCUCCAACUAAUCCAUAUCUGUUCAACGGUGAUUUUGUGGAUCGCGGUUCUUUCUCUGUUGAAGUCAUUCUCACACUCUUUGGCUUCAAGCUGCUCCAUCCAGAACACUUCCACCUGCUGAGAGGUAACCAUGAGACCGAUAACAUGAAUCAGAUGUACGGGUUUGAGGGCGAGGUGAAAGCGAAGUACACUGCUCAGAUGUUCCAGCUCUUCAGUGAGGUCUUCCAGUGGCUUCCACUCGCACAGUGCAUCAACAACAAAGUGCUGGUGAUGCAUGGAGGACUGUUUAGUGAGGAUGGUGUGACUUUAGAUGACAUUAGAAAAACUGAAAGGAACCGACAGCCUCCAGAAUCUGGUCCGAUGUGUGAUCUGCUGUGGUCAGAUCCUCAGCCUCAGAAUGGGCGCUCCAUCAGUAAACGGGGCGUGAGCUGUCAGUUCGGGCCUGAUGUCACUGAGCGCUUCCUGGAACAGAAUAAACUGCAAUAUAUAGUGCGCAGUCAUGAGGUCAAAGGCGAGGGUUAUGAGGUCACUCACUCAGGGAAGUGCAUCACUGUUUUCUCAGCGCCAAACUACUGUGACCAGAUGGGUAACAAAGGAGCGUACAUUCACCUCAGUGGAUCAGACCUCAAGCCAGAGUUCCACCAGUUUAAUGCUGUGCCUCAUCCAAAUGUCAAACCGAUGGCAUAUGCCAAUUCUCUCAUGCAGCUGGGGAUGAUGUAGUUGCUCCGCUCUCAUGUCCACACCAAUCCAGUCAAUAUUCACACACACUUUCUACUCAUCUCUGUCGAACAAACUAUUUCUUCCUCAUUUACAUGCACACAAUUUUACAGUAUUCAACAUACCUGUGGCUCCGUUUAUUUCUUCCUGAAACACGUACAGAUUUGUAAAUUAGUGAUGCCUUGAAUUCAGAAAAAGAAAUAGGAAUGUCAUUAUCCACAUGCCCACUAAUGGAUCCCCCCUUGUCAUUCAUGGAUCAGUCCAUAUAAAGCUGCUUAGUUUCUGAUAAACCGAUUGGAUGUUUAGCUAUAUGUUACAGGAGCUGAAUUGUACCAAAGAAUCAGUAAAUGUAUACAACACACCCCAAAUUAAGAGUGUUGAUGUAGAACUAAAUCACGACACUUUUACUCUAAGGUGCUCUACAUAGGGCCUUUAUCUUGAAAUCUUUCCCCCCACAAACAAAAUCGGCACCUUCCUAUUUCAUCGUAUGUCCAAUGUUGUAAAGUUUUGUUGGGAGGAAGAACAAUUUCAUUAGAAUACUGUAGCAGAGAAAGUGUCGUAUGUGAUAUAUCAAAAACAUUACAAAGCCAGUUUUCUUUUUCAUCUGUUUCAAAGCUUUGUUUGUGACAUGAACGUGAUAAAUGUCAUAAAUGUACAAACUUUAGGUAUCUGUAUAAUUUUAGUAGAUCUUUUCACACACACUUUCAGCUCUCUUUCCCUCUCAGCUUGGGAAAAGUGCAGUAUUGUGAAGCUCGGUAACCAUUUAGUGUACUCCAUUUUGUAGGCAGCUCCUAAAUGUCUUUCUCCCAACAUGCUUGAUGUAAGUGCGCUGUAGAUGCCGUAUAAACCUUGUACCUACCACUUUGUUUGUAUAGCGGAUCCCGAUUCUAUUGUGUGGACUCAAAUACAACAGCAGAAACCUACCUUCCGCUCUUUAAACGCACAGAAGCCAUGUCCCAUGCUCUUGACUUUUUAGAGAAAGAAUAUUAAAUACACCAAUGUGGAUGUGUAUAUAUAAAUAUAAUGUAUCACUGAAAUUUCUGUGUACAUGUUAAAAAAGAAGUUAUUGAAUAAUAAUAAAAACACCAU